AUGUCUGCUCAAGGAUCCCAAGCCGCCCCCACAGCCAGCUCGGGCAGGGCACCGCGAGGUUCCGCAUGUCUUAACUGUCGUCGACGCAAGUUUAAAUGCGAUGGCGCAAGGCCAGUCUGCGGGCCCUGCACUCGUACGAACCGUGAAUAUGAUUGUGAAUAUACGGAUGGCCCUACUAGGAGUCCCACCCAACUGCUCGAGGACAACGUCGCUCGUCUUGAAGCACGUAUCUACGAGCUCGAACACCCAGAGUCUGUCGCGCCCUCUGUGACGCUACAUGAUCCUCGUACGGCAACAGCGCAAGCAGGUCCUUCUCUCCAGUUGACACCGGUGGCAACGAGUUCUACUGCGGCCGCAGGUCCAUCCACACAGGGUACGGCAUAUCUGAUACCGCAGGCCACUCCCGUGACAGCCCUCGACGCAACCUCAGAACCUUCGCCGGAUGUGGUGCAGAUGCUGGUCGGGUUCUUUCUCCCGCAUGCAAACCAAGUUGGGUUCUUCCUCCAUCAUGGCCGUUUCCGCGAGUACGUGUCGAUCCCUGCGGCUGAAGCCCGCCAGGCGCGUCUUUCGCCCGCUCUCCUGAACGCGAUGUACCUGUGGGGCGUGCAUUUCUCGGGGAAUGCCUCACUAUUUGCGCACGAGCCUGUUUUCCUUCAGCGCGCCGUCCAGUCUGUCUCCGCGGCCUUGGUGCGCGCGCCGCCGUACAAUAUCAUCUACAGCAUCCAGGCUGAGGUCCUGCUGGCCCACUAUUUCUUUGCCGCUAAUCGGCCCCUCGAGGGAAGGUACCACACCAACGCAGCUGUGGCGCUUAGCCUCAGCUGCCGGCUGAACAAGCUCAGAUCCAAUUCCAAUACUCCGAAUCCGCCUGGAAUAUUGAACGUCGACCUAGCACCUCCGACUGACGCCCUGGAAGAAGGAGAGAGGAUCAACGCUUUCUGGAGUGUCUUCAUCCUCGACAAGAGCUGGUCGGUCAGAGCGGGAUCACCGUCCCACUUCAACGGCUCUCCGGGCGCCCAAGUCGACACCCCAUGGCCGCUGCAGAUAGAAGACUAUACACAGCGUGGGUUGCCCGCCAUGUUACGCAGUUCUCUUACGAUACAGGCGUUCCUUUCUGGUAUGUCGCCCGAAAUUACACAGGGAACGUCUCCGAUGGCGCUGCGCGCUAAAGCCUCUGCACUGUUCGAGCGUGCCUCGCGGCUUGCAUCCCAAUGGACUCCUGCCAUGGCAUACGUAGAGCAAUUUGCCGCUGAAUUUUUCGUGCUAGAGAACAUUAUAGAACAGUUCAUAGCCGCGCUGCCGCCUCUCCACGGCGCAGUCGAACAAGGUAUCGCUCGGGAUCUGUUGGUCACUCACACCUUCGCCCUGGUUGCGAGCAUGCAAGUCCUCAGCGCGCUGCGGCAGGGCCAGAACGGGGGCCCGGGUAGGGAUUUAGAAGCCGCUCGGAGAGCCAUCACUGCCUUUGACUCGGUGAACCUCGGUGCCCUCGCUUACGUGGAUCCCAUCAUGGCGGUGCUAUGGACGGCAGUGUGCCGAGUAUUGAUUGGUGAGAUAGUCAGGUUGCGUAUGAUCUGGACGUCGACCUCAUUGCUCGCGGACCAAGCUGCUGCUGGCGCUCAUCAGCAACAACACGUCGAGGCGGACCAUGACGGCCUCAUCGCCGCCCUUCAGAAGGUCCUGACGGCGAUGACGACCUUUGCGCAAACGUCUCCGCUGAUGGCACUGGAAGCUGCGAAAGUCCGGCAAGAGCUCGAGCAAUCGACCCGAUAG